UGGUGGGACAUUACGGAAUAAAUCUUACACUUUAUCGCGCGGUGCGAAUAACAUGAUUAAUGCCGAAAAUGCAUUUUCAUGUAAUAAUGAUCCGUGCUUUGUAUGCUUCUUCUCGUAAUUCGUAUUUUGUAAAACGCGAUACUGAACGCACCCUUCAAAUAUGUUUAGACCACAAUGCACUGCGGCAUUAUUUCCCAAAACAACGCAAAUUAUUGCGUGAGAAACAGAGUAAGGUGACAAUCAUGUUCGCUAAAGGAGGGUUUGGUCCACUGGCCCAAACCCUCAGAAAUCCCGAUUAUUUCUUAUUUAACAACUUUUCGGCGAAAAAAUGGUUUGUCAAAGGAAAAGUCUUCUUGGAGAAUAUUUUGAAGCGAAAGCUCAAAAGUUUCGACCAUAGAGGAGAACAGAUCGUGCUCAAAUCCAUCGAACGUCAAAAGAAUGUUCCGAAACUAUCCUCUGGGCUCAGAGGAUUUGCCAGUCGGUAUGCUGUGGCCACUGUCGCACGGGAUCUCCGAAAUCGUGCAGCAUUGGAAUUCUCAAGAAAUCGCCGUCCCAUCUUUUCCUUCGUGGCUGUCAUGUUGUCAACUGCUGCUUCUGACGAAGAUGACACAGUGUCGAGCACUAUUCGCAAUGUCUUCUCUAUGAAAAUGGAACCAACGUCUGAAGACAAGAACAUCUUUCCUACUGCUACAUUCACAGACUUCAAAAUUGGGCAUAUGAUUGGCCAAGGCUGCAAUUCUGCAGUGUAUGAGGCAAGCUUUCAGAAAGGUCAGAUUCCAAACAUGCAGCGGCAGUGUUCUUCUUCAACAGAUGAAUCAGAUGACUUAGAUUCAGAAGGAAGUUUCGAAGUCAUAAUGGAGUCAGAUGAUGACAUUGAAAUAAUUUCUGAAGAAUGGGAGGAAAAGAACACUACAUUUAUUACGAGUGAAACUGAUUCAGAGCCAAAAGACGAACCAUUGCCACAGGAAGUAGCAGAAUUUGACCUAGCUAUCAAAAUGAUGUUCAACUAUGAUUUAGAGUCCAAUGCAGAUGUGAUUUUUAGAGGAAUGAUGAAAGAAAUAACUCCUAUGAGGGUUUCUCCUCAUCUGGAAGAAGAAUCCAUGUGGCUGGCCAGAAAUCGAGUGAAACUAAAACUUCUACCGCCUCAUCCAAAUAUUGUGUACAUGCAAGGCGUCUUUGUUGAUGAAGUUCCAGCGAUUAAAAAUGAUAAACAAAUGUACCCUGCUGCCCUUCCGACUCGACUUAAUCCUGACAAUGGCCUAGGUAGAAAUAAGACUCUUUUUCUGGUGAUGAAAAAGUAUGAUGUUACGCUGAAGAGGUUUCUAUCCCAAAACAAUGUCAACUUGAAUACCAGGUGCUCCCUGCUAGUUCAGCUACUGGAAGGCAUUUUACACAUGACAGAAAAUGAAAUUGCACAUAGAGAUUUGAAAAGUGAUAAUAUUCUGGUAGAUCUUUCCGGUGAGCAACCACAGUUGGUGAUAAGUGACUUUGGUUGUUGUUUAGCUGAAGCUGAUUAUGGACUCGUGAUUCCAUACAAUACCAGUAACAUCGACAAAGGCGGAAAUGCUGCACUAAUGUCUCCUGAAAUUGCAACGGCAGAACCUGGACGAAACGUGUGGCUUGACUACCGAAAAUCUGAUAUUUGGAGCGCUGGAACUUUAGUAUAUGAGAUAUUUGGUGAGGAAAAUCCUUUCUACAAGGGCCCUAUGAAUAGCAGCACAUAUGAUGAAAAAGACCUACCACCCCUACCAGCAGCAGUACCCAAACCAAUUCAAAAAUUAACUAAGCAGUUGCUUAAGAGAGAUCCCAAAUUGAGACCAACGGCUAAAGUCGCUGCAGAUAUUGCACAGAUGUGCAUUUUGUUCCCAGAAUGGCUGAACCGCAAUGAAUCUCCGAUGAUGGAGAUGAUCAGGGAGACAGUUGUGUUGUUAUCAGCAGCUCAUGUGCUAAAACAGAAUGUCAAGAAAAACCACUUGACCACAGUUUUUCUCCAGAGAGUUGAAAUCGCAUCGCUUUUAAAGUCACUCGAGUGGUAUCAUAAUUUUUAAAUGUACAUGAUUGAAGCUUGUUUUCCCAUGUUUCCUGUUUGGGAAUAAAUGUGUGUUAAAGUUUAAGAUGUACUGUAACUUUAAGAUAAAAAUAAAUUAUAACUGACAAAA